AAAAUAUUGUUUUUAAAAAUUUAUUAAUUAUAUAUAAAAUGUCAGAAAUUGGGAGCAGAAAAGAAGAUGAAUUCGGAAGGCCUUUUAAUAUAGUUUUAACACAAAUUCUUCAAGAAACCGAAAAGCAAUUUUUUAAAAUUGUUACCAGUGGAAAUGUGGAAAAAGCUCAAAAAUUUUUACAGGACCAUAACAAUUUUAAUAUCAACGCAGUAAAUUUUCAAGGUGUAACGGCACUGUAUCUAGCGGUAAUGGAUGGAAAUAUAGUCAUGGUAGAAUUUCUACUUUCACAGGAAGAUAUUGAAAUUGGUGACACUGUUCUACAUGCAAUUAGAAAAAAUGAACAUAAAAUAGCUUUGAUGUUAUUAAAUAAAUUGGAAGAAAUUUCACCGGGAUUAGAGCGUAUUGGUAUUACAGAAAGUUUCGAUUUUCCUGAUGAAACAACACCACUUUGUGUUGCUGCACAAUAUGGACAUUUUGAAAUUAUUGCCACUUUAUUAAAACGUGGACAUACAUUAAAAAAACCACAUCCACCAAUUUGCCAAUGCAGUGAUUGCAAGAGUGAAAGAAGCAGCGACGAUCCAUUGACAGUGCAAAAAAUGAGAUUUUCUUUAUAUGAAGCUGUGUCAAACCCAGCAUUUAUUUGUCAGACAUCCGACGAUCCUAUUCUUGAAGCUUUUUUGUUAUCCAGAGAAUUAAACGCCUCUGCCCAUUUUGAAAAGGAAUAUUUCUAUUUCUACAAAAGUCUUGCUAAAAAAGUUAAUCAGUUUGCAACGGAAUUAGUGGGAUGUUGUCGCACCGUCGAGGAAGUAGAACUUAUUUUAAAGCAAAAUUGUGGUUUAUGUUUUUCGACCCAUUUCAUAUAUCCUCGCUUACUGCUCGCAAUAGAUUGUGAUCAAAAAACAUUUGUUGCUCAUCCAAAUGUUCAGCAGGUGAUUGAGAGAAAAUGGAUUGGCGAUUGGUACGAGUGGAAAAUUAAAUCUUCUUUUAAAAAAACUUUAAUGAUCAUCCCGCGAAUAUUAAUGUUGCCUAUUAUUGCAGUAAUUGUUGUUAUUGCUCCAAAAUGGAAAACAACAAAAUAUUACAAAAUUCCAGUGAAUAAAUUUCUCUCGUCUUGCGCUAGUUAUGCAGUUUUUUUAUUCUUUGUUUUUUUACAAUCAAAUUGGGACCGGAAAAAUCAAUUACGAGGACCUCCGAACACAGGAUAUGAAACUGCAUUAGUCGUUUUUGUCAUUUCGUAUAUGCUGUCAGCAUUUCGAUUGUGUAUGAUACAAGGUUCAAAGAGAUUUUUCCGAUCGCCUAGAAAUUGGUAUAAAUUGUCGAUGCUCGCUCUAUUUUCUUUGGCGUUUUUAUUUUGGAUUGCGUCUGAAAUGGACGUGCAAAUGAAUGGUCAUCGUGAUCUACAGAGAAAAUAUUGGCACGAAUUUGAUCCAACUCUGAUAGCAGAAGGGAUUUUUUGUAUCGCCACUAUCAUGGCCUUUUUUAAAUUACUUUUUGUAUGCCAACUUGAUUAUCAUUUGGGACAUCUUCAAAUUUCUUUGGGAAAAAUGGUAACAGAUGUUGCCAAGUUUAUGAUUAUUUUUUCUAUAAUCAUAAUGUCAUUCACGAUUGGAUUGGCGAAAUUUUAUCAAUACUAUGAGGGUAUGGUAUUGAUUGAUGACUCGGAAAUAAAAGUACAGCAAGUCGAUUCUUUCGUUAGUUUCAUGUCAACUUUAAAAACAUUGUUCUGGUCUAUUUUUUGUCUGAGUGCAAUUGAAAGUGCUGAUGUGAUUAUCGAAAAUCUUCCAAGCGAAUCGGAAAAUGGAACUAUUGUCAAUAAGCACACUUUUACCGAGUUUAUAGGAUAUAUUUCUUUUGCAACUUUCGAGUUUAUUUCCGUUAUUGUUGUAUUGAAUAUGUUGAUUGCUUGUAUGGCAAAUACAUUCACGAGAGUGACGGAAAAUAUUGGAGUCGAAUGGACUUUUGCUAGAACGGAGCUAUAUAUCGAUUUUAUGGAACAAACUACAUUACCACCCCCUUUCAAUCUAUUUCCGACACCGGGGGGAAUUCACUCGGUUGUUGAAUAUAUCAAGGUACUAGUUAGACCACCUUCCAAUAAAUGUGCCCGAUGGAGCAUCAAGCACUGCUGUUACAUAGAGGAAAUGGAUUCAGGGAAGAAUAGAAAGGAGUUCCAAGUAAUAAUGUCUCAAUUAAUUUUGCGUUACUUUAAAAAAAAAGAGACGGAAACAACUGCAUCUGAAGUUGACGGUCUUCGAAAAGAAAUGCAAGAAUUACGUAGUCUUUUACGCCAUCAUAAAUAAAUAUAUAUGCAUUUUAUUAAAUUUGCAAAUCAUAUUCAAAAUAAUUUCCGAAGGUAUAAAUUUUCGAAUAUGAAUUGUGAUUAUAUCGUGAAAUGCAAGCAAUGUAUGCACACAUGUUUGUUUAUUACAUGUUUAUCUUCAAUAAAUAGGAAUAUUAUAUGUACAAACGUUAUCACACCUUCCAUUAA